AUGGCUUUAAAUGAGUUCAAACGCGCUGCUGUCAGUCCCCACUGGUCCGCGGCACGUGCGGGCCUCGAGCUGACCCGUCCAACCUGGCUCGGCCUCUCACCGGUUGGGUCGGCCCGGGCCGGGUUCAUCAUGUCUUGUGA